AUGUUCCGUCUACGGCUUGUGCAGAGGAGGUGUUUCCACUCCUCGAGAGCGGUGUUCAGUGCGCAAUCGAACGUCCAGAGGAACACGCUCAGCGACAUUGCAAAGCUUUACGAUUCCAAGGAGAAGAUCACCGUCAUCACGGCAUAUGAUUACCUCACAGGCCAGAUGGCUGACGAGGCCAACGCAGAUAUGAUUCUCGUUGGGGAUUCCUUAGCAAUGGUUGCGCUGGGUUAUAGCGAUACAAAUGAGAUACCAUUUGACGAGUUCCUGUAUCACUGUCGCGCGGUUUCCCGUGGUGUGGAGAACAGCUUCAUCGUGGCAGAUAUGCCAUUCGGAAGCUACGAAUCGUCAACGUCGAAGGCCAUAGACUCUGCAGUUCAGCUGAUCUCGAAGGGUCGGGCCAAUGCGGUGAAACUAGAGGGUGGUGUGGAGAUUGCGCCGACAAUAAAGCAGCUGACACAGCUGGGAAUCCCAGUGAUGGCCCAUGUCGGGUUAACCCCACAGAGGUCUAACGCAUUAGGUGGGUUCAAAGUGCAAGGUCGUACUUUACAAAGUGCUGAAAAGGUUGUUGAAGAUGCGCUAAAGGUACAGGAAGCCGGUGCGUUCUCCAUGGUUUUAGAGGCAAUUCCACACAAGUUGGCCAAAAUCAUCACCGAGCAGCUCGAGAUCCCAACUAUCGGCAUAGGGGCUGGACCAGACACAAGCGGCAAAGUCCUUGUUCAAACGGACUUGCUAGGCUUAGGGAACGGCCACAGACCAAAAUUCGUCAAGACCUUCAUCGAAGGACACUCCCUCCUGGUGGAGGCCAUGUCAUCGUACGUCUCCGAGGUUAAAUCUGGACGGUUCCCAGAGUAUGGCACCCACACUUAUAAGAUUAAAGAUGAAGUCUUGGAUCAACUGAUGAAAAGGCCAAGAGCAUAG